AUGGUGACUGAGGAUUCUGUUAAUGAAGAUGAUGGCAGUAAUGCAACGGGGCGAAAUACAGAUAGCGGGGAGAAAGAAACUGAUAUAGUGUCUAUUGUUAUUGCGGGGGGGAACACAGAAAAUGUUGAGGAAAAAAUUGACACAGUGGCUGAGUCCAUUGUAGAGGAGGAAGAGAUGGGCCUGUAUCUGGGCGAUCGAGCGUAUCUGCGCAGCAGCUGGAACGUUCUGGAUGGUUUUCUCGUGUUCGUGUCUCUGAUUGACAUUGUGGUGUCGAUGGCGGGCGGAGCCAAGAUCCUGGGCGUGCUGCGGGUGCUGCGACUGCUGAGGACAUUACGCCCGCUCAGGGUGAUCAGUCGCGCUCCAGGACUGAAGCUGGUGGUGGAGACUCUGAUCACGUCGCUGAAGCCCAUCGGAAACAUCGUCUUGAUCUGCUGCGCUUUCUUCAUCAUCUUCGGCAUCCUGGGAGUUCAGCUCUUCAAAGGGAAGUUCUUUUACUGUGUGGGUUUGGAUGUGAAGAACAUCACCAAUAAAUCCGACUGUCUGUCCGUGAAUUACCGCUGGGUUCAUCACAAGUACAACUUUGACAACCUGGGGCAGGCUCUGAUGUCACUGUUUGUGUUGGCAUCUAAAGACGGAUGGGUAAAUAUCAUGUACCAUGGGCUGGAUGCUGUCGGGAUCGACCAACAGCCCGUCAAAAACAACAGCCCCUGGAUGCUGCUGUACUUCAUCUCGUUCCUGCUGAUCGUCAGCUUCUUCGUGCUGAACAUGUUUGUGGGAGUGGUGGUGGAGAACUUCCACAAGUGCCGUCAGCAUCAGGAGGUGGAGGAGUUCCAGCGGCGGCAGGAGAAGCGGCAGCAGCGGCUCGACAGGAGGAGGCGCAAGGCCCAGCGUCUGCCGUAUUACGCCUCGUACGGCCGCGUUCGUCUGAUGAUUCACUCGUUCUGCACCAGUCAUUAUCUGGACCUCUUCAUCACCCUCAUCAUCUGCAUCAAUGUGGUCACCAUGAGCCUGGAGCACUACAGCCAACCACAGUCGCUGGACCUGACGCUUCAGUACUGCAACUACUUCUUCAGCUCCACGUUUGUGGUGGAGGCGACGCUGAAGCUCGUGGCGUUCGGCAUCAGGCGCUUCUUCAAAGACAGGUGGAACCAGCUGGAUCUGGCCAUCGUUCUGCUGUCUGUGAUGGGGAUCAUUCUGGAGGAGAUUGAGAUAAACGCUUCACUUCCCAUCAAUCCCACCAUCAUCCGCAUCAUGAGAGUCCUGCGAAUCGCCCGCGUUCUUAAAUUAUUGAAGAUGGCCACAGGAAUGAGAGCGUUGCUUGAUACCGUGGUGCAGGCUUUACCGCAGGUGGGGAAUCUGGGUUUGCUCUUCGUUCUGCUGUUCUUCAUUUACGCUGCGCUCGGUGUCGAGCUGUUCGGGGAACUGGUGUGUAACGCUGAUUACCCGUGUGAAGGCAUGAGCCGGCACGCCACCUUCGAGAACUUCGGCAUGGCGUUCCUCACACUCUUCCAGGUUUCCACAGGAGACAACUGGAACGGCAUCAUGAAGGACACACUGCGCGAGUGUCCGCCGGGCGACAGCUCCUCCUGUAACUCCAGCCUGCAGAUCAUCUCGCCCAUGUACUUCGUGAGCUUCGUGCUGACGGCCCAGUUCGUGCUGAUUAACGUGGUGGUGGCCGUGCUGAUGAAGCACCUGGACGACUCCAACAAGGAGGCGCAGGAGGACGCGGAGAUGGACGCGGAGAUCGAGCUGGAGCUGCAGGCCGGCCUGUGCUGUCUGGGCCGGCCGGACCGGGUCUCGGGCGCUGGCGGAGGCGAGAGGACGGCGGGGAGCCAGAGGAACACACACACGGCUGCGGUCCACACCAGUCAGAGCACACACACACACCGCAGGACAUCAGCGGACACACUCCAGCAGAGGAGACUCUGCUCACCUGCACAGGAGAGCCAGUGGCUGGAGAGUGUGUCUCUGCUGAUGAAGGAUUCUCUGGAUGGAGAAAUGCAGAUGAUUGAUAAUCUGUCAGGAUCAGUGUUUCAUCAUUACUGCUCUCCACCAAUCAGACGAGACGGCAGGAGCCAAUCAGGAGAGAUCCGGCUGGCGGAGAUCGAACAAACGUCUCUGAUGUCGGAGCAACUGUCGGAUAAAUCCUCAUCACCGGCUCUCACUGACAUCAGCCUGGAGGACCACAGUGUGUACCAGCUACUGGACAGAGACUGUAAGGAGGAAGAGGGCAGCGGGGGCUUGAGCACAAAAGAGGCCGUGAGCAGAAGCGAGGGAUCCAGCCCAGGAAGAGGAAGACAGGAACAGGAAGUGAGGCGUGAGGUCGGAGGUCAUCGGCUCCAGUCUCCAGCUCACACCGGAGAUGUCAGUGCAGGAGACAGCCGGACGUCUUCACCUCUCUUCCAUCUCCCAGCUGAGUUCUUCCACCCCACCACCGGCGCGAUCCCCCAGGGCAGCCCAGCCACCGGAGCGGCCCCGCCCGGCUCCAGACACGCUUCUCCAGCCUCGUGGGCUUCCCUGAGGUCCCCGGGGGCCAACAGCAGGGUCACGUGCUCACAGACGUCCCGCAGUAACUCCUCACUGGCCACGGGCAGCUCCAUAGGGAGUCUGCAGACCACACUAGAGGAGGGGUUCUCCUCGCCAGGAGACCCGACGCUUCCCUUAAUCUGCAGAACCCACGUUCCCCCUCCAGAACACACUCAGAGACCUCGUGCUCCUCAGACUACGCUCAACCUCCAGGCCACCAGGGGGCGGCAGAGGACUCGGAGCAGACACAGUGACUGCACAAACCCUAACUGGAUCCGACGGGACCCCACAGAACCAUCCGAUGAGGAAUCAGGAGUUAGAGUUGCUAAUCCUGAACAGUUAUCGGAUAACUUGAGUAGCUUCUCUCUGACGUCUCUGCACCCGCCCGACUCUCUAGCGCCGCCGCUGGCCAAGAAGUGCAACAGCACUGGGAGUUUAGCGGUCCAGAAUAAAGAUGGGAGACGCUUAAUCGGAUUCAACCCCUGGACUGACGCGACGAGUGAGGAAACUGAGAGGGAGACCAAGACGUGUAGACAGACUGUGGGUUCUAGUUGGCGUAAGAACAGAUGAAAUGCACGUUUUGCUCCAGG